AAAAUUUGAAAAAAAAAAACACGGACGUGCAUGAAUUCAGUUUUUUAGUGAAUGUUCCAAAACUGUUUAUGUAUUUAUGCAACAUUUAAAAAUAAAUAACUAUUGUACCAAUACAGAACAUGAUAUCUGGUGGAAAAUGCAAAUAAUUAGAAAAAUUUAAUACAAUGUUGGCACGUUUUACACAUAUUUAUCAUCUACACCAGUCUUCUUGAAGUAAAUCAUUCUACAAAAAUUUUUUUUUUCAAUUAAUCUGUUUUAGACCUCGAAGUUUAAAGUAAAAUAAAAAGUUGUAUUAUUUUUAUUAUGUGUUAUCUAUUUUAUAUAGUGGGUUAGUUCAAUUUUUUGGUCAUCUGUCCAGUAUCAAAUCUCGUUUAUACCAACAAUUCAAAAUCAAUGUAUUUAAUAAUACAUUAAUAAAUAGUACUUUAUUAUUAUAUUAUUAAUUUGUUGUUGUAAUUAGUUAAUACUUUAUUGCUGUAUCAAAUUAUUUUCCUUUUAAAUAAAAACAGUAAACAAAAUAGUUCUUUGAUUAUAUUAAUCUUUUUUUUUAAACCACAAACUGUUGAAAUUAUCAUUAUGUGAACUAGCAUAGGCCAUUUAUUUAUCUAGUUUCAUGUAUUUAUAUUAUGGAAAUAAUAUGUACACAAUUUGCUUGACCCAUGAUUAUAUUAAAAUAGUUUGAAGGUUUAACCUAAAAAAUAGCGUAUUUCAGAUAAGAUUUAAAAAUUAUAUUGUAUAUAACCAGAGAAUGUUAAUGACAAUUUAAUAUUUUUUUCAGUCACACACACUUAGUUAGCAAAUUAUUCUGAAGUAUAAAUAAAUAUGACUUUUUUUUCAUUAAUUUUGACACCAAACGAUGUAAAUUCAUGUGUGAAUAUGUUUCGACAACAUACAGAGACUUUAUGUCCAAAAUGUGGUAUAAAUAAAACUAUAAUAGUGAAAAAGACAUUGCGUCUCACAAUGGCCAUUAUAGACAUUGAUUAUGGAGCAUUUAUUCGACGGCCAAUGGACUGGACAUUUGAAUAUGAAACACCUCAAUUUGUGCUUAACAACCGAUUUAAGUUCACUUUAAAAAUAAAAUCAUCCACAAACAAUCAAGAGGUGAUAAUAUGUCACUUACACGAAGGUAAUAAAUAUCAAUCAAAUAUAGAUGUACAAUUAGAUUCUGGAUCAAGUGUUGUGUUUUCUUGCCAACAAACAUGUAGUAUACAUCUUACUGGCUAUUACUUGAACUGAAACUCGUGUUUGGUAAAUUGGUUUGAUAAUUAUCAUAUUAUUAUUAAUAUACAGUGAAAACUGUUAGAUGUAAUUUUUAAUAUAAUUAUUAAAAAUAUAAAACAAUAAUCGUUUUUUGACAUAAUUAUUACCAGUUGUUGGUAUAUCAAUUUGUACUCAGAAUUGUAUGUGAAUGCUAUAAUGUGUUCUUUUAUAUUACAUAAAACUAACUGGAUACCUAGUUUACUGAAACCUGAAUCAUACUUUUUUUAUGACCGUUCGUCAAUAAAAUAUUUGUGUACUUUGGCA